CUCUCAAACAGUUGUUCACGAAAAAAAGAGACCUGCUUCACAAAAGAGGAGCGGUGAGACUUCAUCUGUGAUUGAUGACUCCAGUGUUUGGCUGUUUCACAGGAGGCCCUGCUGGAGAUGGAGGAGCAUGCAAGAUAUGAAGACAAAUGAUGACCUGAAGAUUAAACACUAUGAUGAAUGGACACAUCAAGACACACAACCUCCUCUAGAUGAAGCAUUGAAAGAAUCAUUUCCCUGAUCCUUUUUGUACCUGCGUAUUGUGCUUCUAUGUUUUUUGACUUUUCAAACAUGGCUGAAACACUGGGUAAUAAGCAGGUAUCCCUGUUGUCACUUACUCGCCUGAGGACAAUCUCAAAAGCCAGAGUGGUUUGCUUACUGAUGGGCUUGACACUGACGCUUCUCAUCAUGGCUUCCUACAACCUGACGUGGGACAAGACAAGACUUCCCUUCACCACCUCACCCGAUCAGGUCAGGCCUGGGGUCGUCCAGUCAAACACAGCAGCAGCUUUAGUUUCCUCUCAAAACAAUUUAAUAGACAUGAAACAGCUGGUGGAGAUCAUUAACUCCAAACUGGAAUACACACCCAGGAAGGUGCCCAAUGAAAAGGAUGUCAUUGAAAUGGACUCUCAUUUGUUCUCUGUAAUUCCUCGUCAUUUCCUGCCUGGUGUCAAGAGCCCUUGCUGGUAUGAGGAGAUCUCCAGUGAACGCAGCACUGAUCCAUACAGGAAUAACCACUAUUGUCCUGGCUCACCAACCAGAAAGACUUUAUGUGACAAAAUGAGGCCAAACUUCCACAAGCACUUACAACACAGAGACGGCAAACUGUUUCGUUUGCGCUGCUUGCCGUACUUCUACAUCAUUGGCCAACCAAAGUGUGGCACAACUGAUCUGUACUCCAGGCUGAAAAUGCAUCCAGAGGUCCAGUCCAGCAACAUAAAGGAACCACACUGGUGGACCAGGACUCACUUCGGUUUUCGGCGUUUCAAAGAUGAAUUCUCUGACAUUUUUCCUGUGGAAGAUUACCUGGAUCUGUUUGACGUGGCUGCUCAACACAUCCAAGAAGAAAUGAAUAGAAGCUCAUCUGGAGACCACCACAUAACCCAGUUCGUAACAGUUGAUGGCAGUCCAUCCACUAUGUGGGACAACCGAGCCUGGAGCUAUGUUCACAGAGACAGGAAGGAGACAGAGCCCAGUUUUCUGACCCAAGACUUCAUCCACGCACUGCAGCCUGGUGCCAAGCUUAUUGUCAUCCUUAGAGAUCCAGUGGAGAGGCUUUAUUCUCACUACUUUUUCUCUAGGAGUGGCAAAAAGUCCGUAGAGGACUUCCAUCAGAGGGUCAUAGAGUGUGUACAGAUGUUUCAGUCCUGUCUGUCCGAGCGGUCACUUCGCUCCUGUGUCUACAACAGAAGCCUCUUCAGAGCCAUGCCGAUGAGGCUAAGUGGGGGGUUGUACGUUGUCUUCUUACUGGACUGGCUGACAGUUUUCCAUCGGGACCAGAUUCUAGUUCUACGACUGGAGGACUAUGCAGCUGACAAGAGAGCGACAUUACAGAAAGCUUUUGAUUUUCUUGGUCUAAGUCCUCUGUCAGUGGAGCUGGAGGAAGAAGUGAUGAAACAGCGUGUGGCAAACAGCCGGGGGGUGAAGGACAAGAAAGUAGGUCCUAUGCUUCCAGCCACCAGAGACCUCCUCAGGGAAUUUCACCAGCCCUUCAACCGUAAACUGGCCAGUGUGUUGGACGACAGCGCCUUCCUCUGGAGUUACCCCUGAAGGGAUAUGAGUGUGAAUGGCUGUGAAUGAACACAUGAAACCCUUAAAAUACACUGUUACAUUCCCAUAAAUGUAUUAAUCCACACAUCUGGAUAAUGUUUUCAUGUUAUUAUUACUGAGAAGGCUGUGGUGACAAUCAUGUGGUGAUGGUACUAUGAUCUGACCUUUUAUAUCGAAAAAUAUCUCCUGUCCCAUUAAAUAUUAAAUAAUGACUAACUGAAACUUGCAACCAGAGAAAGUUUGAAAUAACAAGAUGCAUCAGUGAAUAUACAGUAUAGCCAAAGACUUAAGGCUGUGGACAACAAUGGAUUUCAGACAUCAAGGCCACACUUUAAUCACAGUGAUCACAGUGGCAUAGAGACUGUGUCUACAAAUCAGUAACCACUGGGACCAGCACGUCAGAGACGAGAGAAGAAAGUCUCACUGUAUUUUUUCCGUAAAAACUAAUAACACACACAGGUUGUAAAUAUAUAUUUUAUUGCUCUGGGAAUUCAAGUUUGUGUUAUGUGAUUCACUUCCUGUUUUAUUUUGGUAGAUUUCUGUUCAUUCCUGGAGUUCUUGUCAAGUUUCCAUCCCUUCCUAAUCAGCCUGGUGUGUUGCACCUGUGUCCGACUGUUCACCUGCUCCUCCCUAUACAAACCCUUUGUCUUUCCCCUUUCCCUCUUGCCAGAUAAUCUUCUUCACAUGUGUGUUGUUAUCCAGUGUUUUCACUUGAUUCCAGUGUUGUUUGUGUAUGACCCUUUUUGGAUUUUGACUAACCUCACUGCCUUUGCCUUUUAAACGAAACUUUAUUUAUUCAAUAUAAUUACAAAAAGAUGCAAGGCAGAAUAUACCAAAAAUACAAUAGAUAAAUCUAUAGAGUUACUAAAGUGCUGAAGGUUCAAAGGCAAAAUUUACAUGCAGAAAAAAAAAACACAAAAUAAUGUUAAGAAUACAAAUAAUAAUUGAGUUUGCUGAAGUGCUGAAUAUUCAAUCGUCAGUUAUUUCAUCUCCAAAUUCAGUGUGUGAAGAUUUCUCUCAGAUCAAAGGUCGAAUAUGUGCCAUGGCAGGUUCUAGGCUGUAUCCAAGGUUUUCCUCCGUCUGAGGUCAGUCAGCACCUGUUUGAUGCUCAUUACAGCCUGUUGGAAGAUCAUAGAACUUCUGGUUUUCCACAGUCAAGUACAUACAAUGCCAAUGACCAGUUGAAAUAAUGCCCUUUUCUGGGAAGGCAUCUUUUCUUCCAAGAGUCUGUACAUGACUGAGUUGUAGUUCAAGUCAAAGACCAGACCGUGGCUUUGCAUCGUAGUCCAGACCAUCUGAGCUCUGUAACAGUCCAUGAGAAGGUGCUGCUGUGUUUCAUGUUCAUUACAGUAAAUAAUGGGAUUUUUUUUUCUGUCACAUAACAACUCCAUGAGACAACAGCUCGAACGGGGAGUCUGUUCACAGAGAUAAGCCAGCGGACAUCUCUAAUGCUCUCUGAGGAGAUUUUAUUUUUUAAAUUUUCACUUCAGGGCUUUCUGAUUCUGCUAAAUGUUUAUUUAACAGAUAAUCUCUGUGGGCAGUGAUGUGUCCUGAUUUAUUGGCAUGAACGAGGUUCCCUCUGUCAUCUGACUGUGAUUGUUCAUAAAUAUUACAGAACUUAACACACAAUUGAAACAUUCACCCGAUUUAAAAUGAAAGAAAUUUCUAUAUUAAAGGUCUGUUUUUCUUUUUAUUUAUACCACAGUGCCGUCUGUUGAUUUUAGUAGCUCUUCAUUUAUUUCUCGAAUGGAAAUUAUUCAUUUGGCAGCAAUAAUCCAUUGCGAGCUCUUGUUUCACUGCAGU